GCAUAAGUUUUGACUCAUUAUUCCUCGUGAUUCUCCCUCUCUCCCUGUCUCCGUCUCUCUGGCGUCUUCCCUCCAUUUCCCCCCCUUCUCGUCCUUCGCGCGAUCUAGAAUGUUAGGGUUUCUACUGGGAUCUGUUCAGCUUGGCAACUGAUCACAUUCUUUAGCAAUUUACAGGGGGUGGAUGUGGGGAGAAUGACAGUGGACUCACCUUCCAUGACGUCGCAAGGCAUGGGAAUCAGAAGACCAUCACUGACUUCUAGCGAAGGGACUCCUUUGCAGAAAGGGGACGUUGUUUCUAAUGGAGAUGAAUACGACAGCGAUGGUUCUAACUGUUCUAGCUUCGCUCCUACUCCAAGGUCCUUAUCAAUGUCUGUACCAGCUGAGUUCGCCAGUGCAGUGCCUUUACUGGAAAGGUUUCAGGUAGAAGUUUUCUUAAGAUCCAUGCAGAAACAGAUACAGUCAGCAGGAAAGCGUGGAUUCUUUUCAAAAAGGUCUUCAGGCUUGCAGAGUCGAGAAAAAUUUACGUUAGAAGAUAUGCUUUCCUUUCAAAAGGAUCCCAUCCCUACGUCUUUGCUUAAGGUCAACAAUGAUUUAGUGAGCCGUGCAGUAAAAUUAUUUCAAGUAGUUUUGAAGUAUAUGGAAGUUGAAGCAGCUGAUAGAGUGACUCCUUUGAGCAUGGAUGAAAAAAAUGAGCUCAUUGGAAAACUUUACAAGCAGAGUUUGAAACGUUCUGAGCUACGUGAUGAGCUUUUUGUACAGCUACUAAAGCAGACACGAAAUAAUCAAGAUCAACAUUGCUUGACAAGGGCUUGGGAAUUAAUGUAUCUAUGCACUUCUGCAAUGCCUCCUAGCAAGGAUAUUGGUGGAUAUCUAUCAGAAUAUGUUCAUAAUGUAGCUUAUGGCGGAAACAUAGACGAUAAAGUUCAGAAUCUAGCAUUGAACACAUUGAAUGCUUUAAAACGUUCUGUGAAAGCAGGUCCUAGGUAUACAAUUCCUGCUCGUGAAGAGAUUGAUGCACUUUUGACUGGUAAAAAAUUGACAACGAUUGUAUUUUUUCUGGAUGAGACAUUUGAGGAAAUUACUUAUGACAUGACAACAACCGUAGCUGAUGCUGUUGAGGAACUUGCUGGGAUUAUAAAGCUGUCAGCCUACUCAACUUUUAGCCUGUUUGAAUGUCGUAAAACUGUGACUGGUUCUAAGUCAGCAGAUCCUGGAAAUGCAGAGGAAUACAUUGCAUUAGAUGACAACAAAUAUAUUGGGGAUUUGCUUGCUGAAUUCAAGUCAGUGAAGGAUCGCAGUAAAGGGGAGAUUUUGCAUUGCAAAUUGUCUUUCAAGAAGCGGCUGUUUCGUGAAUCAGAUGAUGCAAUAGCAGAUCCCAUGUUUGUACAGUUAUCAUAUGUGCAGUUGCAACAUGAUUAUAUGUUGGGGAACUAUCCAGUUGGGCGGGAAGAUGCUGCACAGCUCUCUGCUUUACAAAUUUUCGUGGAGAAUGGAUUUGUUGUUUCACCAGAAACAUGCACGGACUGGACAUCUCUUAUUGAAAGAUUCUUACCAAGACAAAUUGCAAUCACUCGAGCAAGAAGAGAAUGGGAAGUGGACAUUCUUUCACGUUACAAUUUGAUGGAGCACUUGUCAAGAGAUGAUGCAAGGCAGCAGUUCCUUCGAAUAUUAAAAACUCUUCCUUAUGGAAACUCAAUUUUCUUUGCUGUUCGCAAGAUCGAUGACCCCAUAGGACUUCUUCCUGGUCGGAUUAUACUAGGCAUCAACAAGCGUGGGGUUCAUUUCUUCCGUCCAGUCCCAAAGGAAUAUCUGCAUUCCGCUGAGUUGAGGGACAUUAUGCAAUUUGGCAGUAGCAACACUGCUGUCUUCUUUAAGAUGAGAGUUGCUGGUGUACUUCAUAUUUUCCAGUUUGAAACUAAACAGGGAGAGGAAAUAUGUGUAGCCCUUCAGACACACAUAAAUGAUGUAAUGCUGCGUAGGUACUCAAAGGCUCGGUCGAUAGCCAGCGCCUCCGUGCAGGGAGAUAUCUCACAGUCUCCUAGAGUUCCUUCUGUGGAUGCAUACGAAAAGCGUUUAGAAGAAUUAACAAAUGCAGUUGAACAAUCUCAAAGAAAAGCUGAUUGUUUUCUAGAAGAACUACAGGAAAAACAAAAGAGAGAAGUAGAAAUGCAAGAGGAGUUAGAGCGAUUAAAAUUUUCUCUACAGUCAGAGAGGCAAAAUCUUGAGGAUAUUAUGGCUGAGCGUGAUAGAUACAAGAUGCUCUGUGAUGAAAAAGAUUCUGCAUUGCAGGAUGCCUUGACCAUGAAGAAUAAUGUGCAAGUGAAGUUCGAAAUGGGUUUGGACAAUGGCUCGAUGUCAACAAAUAAAAGUGAUGUAGUAAUUUUGACGGACACUCGCAGCUGUGUUGGUGGAAUUGACACACCCUCAGUAUAUAAUAUGCACACAAAAUUGGACGAGGAGCUGAAGGCACAUUCAAAGGAUCUGCUUGCUGCCAAGGAGACGACCAGGAACCUGACACACAUGAAACUGAGAGCAGAACCAAAGGCACAUCUGGAGGAUGUGCUCGCUGCCAAGGAAAUUACCAAGAAACUGGCAAAUGAAAAGCAUCUGCUGGAGCAGAAAGUACUCUGGCUAGAAAGAAAAAAAUCUGAGGAGAUGGACAUUCUUGAGAAAAAGUCAGUGCAAGAGCAAGAGAAACUCAAGAUUCAAAUAUCUGAGUUGGAGAAAAGAUUGUCUGUGGCUACACAGGAGCUGGUUGUUGCACAAUCUAUGCUAACCAUGAGGAAUAAUGAGCUUGACGCAUUACAAAGUAGUUUAAAAGAGUUAGAAGAACUUAGAGAAAUGAAAGAGGAUAUAGAUAGAAAAAAUGCACAGACUGCUGAAAUUUUAAAGAAGCAAGGUGCCCAACUAAUUGAAUUUGAGAAACUUUACAAGGAGGAACAAGUAUUAAGAAAGCGUUAUUUCAACACCAUAGAAGAUAUGAAGGGAAAGAUACGAGUCUAUUGUCGUCUUCGUCCUCUAACUGACAAAGAAAUUGCAGACAAAGAAAGAUCUGUAGUCACGAGUCUUGAUGAAUUUACAGUUGAACAUCUCUGGAAAGUUGAAAAAACAAAACAAUACAUUUACGAUCACGUCUUUGAUUCCCGUGCUUCUCAAGAGGAUGUUUUUGAAGAUACAAAGUAUCUGGUGCAGUCAGCUGUGGAUGGAUAUAACGUGUGCAUUUUUGCUUACGGUCAAACUGGUUCUGGGAAGACAUAUACAAUAUAUGGUUCUGAUAGCAACCCAGGUCUGACCCCUAGAGCUACUGCUGAAUUGUUCAAGAUUUUAAAGCGCGGCAAUAAAAGGUUCCUUUUCUCUCUAAAGGCAUAUAUGGUUGAACUGUAUCAGGACACACUCAUAGAUCUCCUCUUGCCAAGAAAUGCAAAACGUUUGAAACUUGAGAUUAAGAAAGAUUCGAAGGGGAUGGUCGUGGUUGAAAAUGCCACUACUGUUACUAUAUCAGGCCUUGAGGAAUUGAAUUCCAUCGCUUUUAGGGGAUUCGAACAGCGACAUACUUCUGGGACACAGAUGAAUGAUGAGAGUUCAAGAUCACAUUUAAUAUUCUCGAUUGUCAUUGAAAGUACAAAUCUGGUGACACAAUCUCAAGCUAAGGGAAAGUUGAGUUUUGUAGAUCUUGCUGGUUCUGAGAGGGUGAAAAAAUCAGGAUCUUCUGGCCAUCAACUCAAGGAAGCACAGAGCAUAAAUCGGUCACUUUCUGCACUUGGAGAUGUGAUCAGUGCAUUAUCAUCGGAAGGGCAGCACAUUCCUUAUAGGAACCACAAGUUGACAAUGUUGAUGAGCGACUCUCUUGGUGGUAAUGCUAAAACACUGAUGUUUGUAAAUGUUUCGCCUGCUGAUUCCAACUUGGACGAGACCCAUAACUCUCUCAUGUAUGCUUCAAGGGUACGCUCCAUUGUGAAUGAUCCAAGCAAAAACGUCUCUUCAAGGGAAGUUGCUCGACUGAAGAAGAUGAUAUCUUACUGGAAGGAACAGGCUGGCAGAAAAGGAGAUGAAGAGGAAUUGGAAGAAAUCCAGGAAGCGAGACCUGCUUCAGCAAAAGAGCACCCUGACAGCAGGCUUUCAGUAUGAAAAAUUCUGCUUGUUGAUGUGAAAGAGGCCCAUCUUCCUUUUUUCAAGUGUGCCACGUUGGCUUGGUCAUUUCUAAGAUAGAGUCCACUGCUCAUUACCUUGAUGAUGGACCUUUGCCAUGUUAGAUGUUCAACAAAAAUUGGAGAUCGAGAUUUUCCUGUUUGUUGUCAGCUGGGCGGCGCAUACAGAAGGAAAAUCACAAUGCUUGUAUAUAUUAAGUAUUUAAUCCUCUGCUUAUUUAGUUAAAUGUUGUAUUAUCUGUAAUUUUCCUGGUCAAAAUGGUUGCAUAUAUCUUGUAUCUGGUGAUUAUUUUAUGAGAAAAGCAUAAUUGUAGAUAAAUGUGCAGCCUUUCACUUUGCGGGAUCUGGUAAUUAUUGGUGCAUUUUAAUACAGUGUUCUUUGAAUUUUUUGGCUC